UUCCACACACUGAUGUUGUGCAUUAAUAAUCUGCAGAUGUGUAAAGAUCUUCCUAACACUAAGAGCUGUUUAGGGUGAUGUACAUUUACUGUUGAUGAGUGUAGAAGUGAUGAUUAAUGCUGGAUUCUAGAUAGAUUUGAUGCUGAUGUGGCUCAGAAUGGCUCCUGCUCUUCAUCUGAUCUUUCUGCUCAUCAUUCACAGGGUUUCUAGUGCUGAUUGGAUUGUGAAAUACAGAUCUUCACACAUCUGUGCACUAAAAGACUCAUCAGUGACAAUGAGCUGUAUUUUUAAACACUUUACUGGACAGAUAAGGAAAGUGUUCUGGACCAAAGACCCUUUAAAAGGUGUAGAGCCUCCAGAUCUGUCUGAGGACCCUGAAUACAGUCAGAGGCUUCAGUAUCUGGGAGAUAAACAGCAGAACUGCACCGUCAGACUGAGUCAUGUGACAAAGAAAGAUGAACAUGACUAUUAUUUCAGAAUCGCUACUAAUAAAGCAAAACGUAAAUGGAUUGGUAAAUCUGGAGUGCGUCUCUCUGUCACAGAUCUUCAGCUGGAGUCUCCUGAGAGAGUGACAGAGGGAGAUUCAGUCCGUCUGACAUGUAAAAGCAGCUGUAAACUGACUGACACACCAACAUUCAUCUGGUACAGAAACUCGGAGAGAUUAAUGAAAGUGAUUAUUGGAAACAAGCUCAUCUUCAAUUCAGUCAGUAGAAAAGAAGCAGGCAACUAUAGCUGUGGUGUGCAGAAACACAAGUACAUCUCUCCUGCUGUUUAUCUUGAUGUCAGAUAUGCUCCAGAUACUCCUGUGAUCUCCAUCUGUGGAUCUGCUGUAAUAAUAUCUGGAGAUUCAGUGACUCUGAACUGCAGCAGUGACUCAAACCCUCCUGCAGAAAUCAGCUGGUUUAAAGGAAAAACAUCUGUAGGAUCUGGAAGAAUCUUCAGCAUCUCCAAAAUCAGCUCUGAUGAUAGUAAAAAAUUCAAGUGCAGAGCCAGAAAUGACCAUGGAGAGAAAUACUCUGAUCCUGUGACUUUAGAUGUCCAAUAUCCUCCCAGGAACAUCUCAGUCUCUGGCACUGAUUCUGGUCAGCUUUGGUUUGAUUCAGUGAGUCUGAUGUGCAUCAGUGACGCAAACCCUCCUGCUCUGAACUUCAGCUGGUUUAAGGAGAAUCAAAGCUCAGCUGUUGGAUCUGGACAGAGUUUCAGUGCAGUACAGAGUGGACGCUUCUACUGUGAGGCUCACAAUCCACAUGGAGCUCAGAGAUCAGACGCCGUCACUGUCACUGUGCAGUAUGCUCCAAAAAAGACAUUGAUAUCUGUGAGUCCAUGUUGUGUAAUAAUGUCUAAGGAUUCAGUGACUCUGAGCUGCAGCAGUGACUCAAACCCUCCUGCUCUGAACUUCAGCUGGUUUAAAGGAGAAACAUUUGUAGGAUCUGGAAGAAUCUUCAACAUCUCCAAGAUCAGCUCUGAUGACGGUGGAGAAUACAAGUGUAAAGCCAGAAAUGACCUUGGAGAGAAAUACUCUGAUCCUGUGACUUUAAAUGUCCAAUUCGGAUUUAUCCUCUGGUCUCCAGAAUUUGCCAUUGGUGUUUUUCUGGGUGGAGGAUCAGCGGCUCUCCUUGCUGUGCUCUAUAUCUGUCUUUCUAAAAGGAAGAGCAGAAGAUCUGCAGUGAAAGAGUCUGCGAUCUCAGACACAUAUGCAGCUCUGGAUCUCCAGUCCACAAACUCUGACCUGUACAACACACUCACAAGCGUUCAACACAGACCUGCUGAAAACUCCUACUCCACUCUUGACCCUCAGAGCUCUUCUGAACAUCACAAUCCACCAGUAAGAGACAAUCUCCCUCUCAUAAACCCUCUCAGCAGCAGUUUGAUUACUGGAUGA